GCAGUGCAGCCGUAUCGUACCGGCGCAGAAGUUUGUGGAGCGUGCGUUUCAUCACCCCGUAAAAUAUGAUUUUAUUUGCCCUAAUCGUCCUCGUCUGCUUUGAUCUUUGAUCAGAAACGAAGCAUUCACGAUAUGGCAUCCUUCGGAUGUUUUAAAAGUCUAUCAUGCAGCAGAAGGUUUGCAGUAAAUGUGCGAAAAGCCGUAAGAGACGUGGGCCUAUUAAAUUUUCGGAAAGUACCGCGGAUUCCAGCGUCUGUAGCAUGCGUUGAUGACGAGCAACUGGGGCGUUCGUUGUUUUCGCUCCCGGCCUCAGAACGCAGCUUCAUCGCGUCGUCCACUCUGGUUUCCGGAGCAGAUCAGCCUUUGUUAAACUUAACGACUACUUUGAGUGGGCGUGCCAUGUGUAUUGAUCGGUGUCUCCACACAAGCUCGUACUUGGCAGUCAAAGCAUGGGAGCGACGUAAUAAGAAAGUCUAUCCUCCACAGAAGCCUGGAGAGCCCCCACGGAAGGCAGAGGUGUAUUACUCCAGAAGACAGAUCAAGCACAGCAUGAGAAAAAUGUGGUACAUCGCGAAGUUUGUCAAGGGCAUGAUGAUUGACGAUGCGCUGACUCAGCUACAGUUUAUCGACAAGAAAAGUGCCAAGAUUGCCCGAGAGGUUCUUCUGGAGGCACAAGAAGAGGCCGUCAAAAAUCACAAUGUGGAAUUCAAGUCCAAUCUUCAUAUCGCUGAUGCUUUUGUCGGCAAAGGCGAGUAUGACCAUGCCAUGCGCAUCCAUGCAAAGGGACGAUUCAGCAUCCUGGACCUAGUGUACAGCCACUUCUUUGUCUGUCUCAGGGAAGGGCCGCCCCCCAAGGAGGUUGAGACAACCGGUUACGAUCAGGCCCAACAUUACAUAGACUCACUCAGGAAAAGGACAAUCACCCACUCUGUUUGAAUUAUCAGAAGGGGACAACCACUGUAGAUGUGCGUGAUGGAUCUUCAAGAGUUGACGUAUUGGGA